AUGGAACUUCACAGCCUAGUCGAUCAAAAUGGCUCUUCACACUCUAGUUGGUCACAUCCCUCCUCACAUUCUCCGUCACAUGUUCCACAUCCUCAGCCUCAAGAAUCAGAGAUUAACCCGCAGUUUGAAGAUGAUUUAGAUGAGGACUGGUUAAGGGAAGAAGAAAUGCAACGUACAGAUGAAUUGACCAAGCGAAACACACGGGGAAUUACACGUAUGGUGGAAGUGUGGAAUCUAACUCCAGAAGAACGCAUUGUGCUCACCUUCAACAAGGAUUUGCAGGUUGUUUCUACAGAGGGUGGUAUAUUCAGUCGCUUCAUAGGCACCAUUGCUAGGAAGCCACACUUAUGCCCAAUUAAGUACAAGAAUUGGCAUGACGUGCAAGAUCAGUAUAAAGAAGAUUGUUGGAAUAUCAUCGAGUCCAAGUUUGCCAUUCCUCAAGAUGAGAGGAGGGAUAUGAUUAGGCAUCGAACAUUGAAGUCAAUGGGAGAAAAAUGGAGAAAUUGGAAAUGUAGUUUAAAAGCAAAAUACUAUGAUGAGACAAAGACAGCAGCACAGAUAGUAGCUACUGCGCCUUUAACGGUUAAUCGUGAGCACUAUGCUGACCUUGUCGCGUAUUGGUUUUCAAAAGAAGGACAGGAACUUAGUGCAACCAAUAAGGAAAGCAGGCGAGAGCAAACAAGUGCACAUACGGGAGGAUCUAAAACUUAUGCACAACAUGCAUAUGAUAUGGAGCAAAAAGAUAAGAUUGCACUAGAUCGAGCAAAAUUAUAUAUACCACUUCACAAAAGGAAGGAUGGGACACCGGUAAAUGAAGCAGAAGCUGCAAAAAUUGAAAAACUAGAAGAUUUGAUGACGUCACAACCAAGGAGCUCCGAAGGAAAUGUUAGUGGACGGAUAUGUUGCCCUCACCAAAUGAUAUUUAUUCUCAAGUGA